AUGGCCACCCAAGAGGAGGAUCUAGACGACGACGAGGAUCCAGAGGCUGCCAAAUUCAAGAAAUACUACGAUCCAAAUCAAGAUGCGGAUACACGAAGGCAGAUUAAGCGGAAGUCGCGUGCCCUCCAGCGCGAAUUCAAUGAAAAUCGCGACGAUUACCUCAGAAGCCAUGGCACAGAACUCCAGGAUACCCUCAAUCGCGCGAAUCAGAACUUCAAGAAUAUCAAGCAGACCGGCGAUGCUAUGCUCGAUUCAAGACUGCUGGUCGAUGUCUCAGGACUGGCCGUGAAGAAGGCUCAGAGCAUGGUGCUUGGCGAUAAUAGCACCGGCUUAGACGUAGACGAAUUCAUCACGAAAUGCGUCCACUUCAUGCGCAAUGGAGGCAUGGACAACGGCGACGCGCCGCGAACACAGACACAACGACAGAGACAGGAAGAGGACGAUGAGGAUAAUGACGAACCUUUAGACUGGGAAGUCAUCGGCCGCCAUGCCUGCUUUCCCUACAACUCCCGUCCGCCAUGCCCGACAUUCCUGCUAGGGCCGCUAUCGGUCCAGAAGAGGGUGCGUGUGUUGACGCAACGACGAGCGCGUCAGACUCAGGACAGAAAUGCCCAGGAGUCGAGACCGGAAACGCUGGCCAAGGAAGAUCUUUCAGCACCUGAUCAAAAUGCUCUGACUCAGCAAUGCGAAAAUAUCAGACACCUCCUUCGCCGUCAUUGCAAGAGAGCGAGCACGGCAGCCGAGCGCAUUGAGUCCGAGGAAGGUCAGAUGGACGCCAAGCGAGCCAAAGAAUUCUGCAAGAAAUACAGAGUCACAUCAACCGGUUCGCCUUCGCUCUUUGACUUUGUCGUCAAUCCACACAGCUUUGGCCAGACUGUGGAAAACCUCUUCUACGUCUCGUUCCUGAUCAAGGAGGGCAAUGCCGGAAUCGCGCCAGAUGAUGAUGGGUUGGCGACACUUGUCCUCACGACGCCUCGAGAUCUGGAGCAACAAAGAGCGGAGAGAACUGUGAAGAAUCAAUCCGUCUUCUCGAUCGACUAUUCGACCUGGCAAAAUUUGAUCAAAGCGUUUGACAUCACGCAGCCUUUGAUACCUCAUCGGGACGAUGAACAGCCUACUCAGGUUGGGAGCAGAGGCUGGUAUGCCUAG